CGUGUGUCACUUGUUUGUUUACCACACAGGGGAAGGCCCAGCUAGGUCGGUCCUUCCGUGCUCUGCCCCACCGAGCAGCCCGUGUCUUGUCACCGGUCAAUACUCAGCGCCAAUCAUCCACCCACCAUGAAGGUCUAUAAGGACAAGAUCACCGGUGACGAGAUGUUCACAGAUACCUACAAAUUUGAGCUUGUUGAUGAUGCCUUCUAUAUGGUGGUGGGCAAGAACAUAACACUGACUGAGGGUAAUAUUGAAUUAGAGGGUGCCAACCCUUCAGCAGAAGAGGCUGAUGAAGGAACAGAAAGCAAUGUCGUUUCUGGUAUUGAUAUUGUAAUUUACAUGCGUCUUCAGGAAACUGGCUUUGGAAGUAAGAAAGACUACUUUGCCUACAUGAAGGAAUACCUCAAAUUAUUGAAGGGAAAACUGGAGGGCACACCUGAGGCUGAUAAACUGGCAUCAAUUCAGAAGCCUAUAACUGAUCUGCUUAAGAACUUCAAGAAUCUACAGUUCUUCACAGGGGAGUCAAUGAAUCCCGAGGGUUUGGUGGCAAUUGGUGACUACAAGGAUAUUGAUGGCGAAGAGCGGCCUGUAUUUUAUUUCCUUAAGUUUGGUCUAGACGAAGAGAAGCUAUGAGCCAUCUUAUUUAAUAAUAAUAAUUCAUACCCCUCUUCUAUCAACUGGACCUUUGGAACACUCGAGCCCAUCCAAUUCAAAAGUCACUUGUUUUGAUUUGCGCUAAUAAAAUUAAUACUCG